GCGUCGGCGUUUAGACGCGUCACUCGUUGAUAAUGCAAAACUCUACCUCUCGACUUGAUAGGAACGCCAUACCGAGAAGAGAAAAAAAACAAACAAAAACAAACCAGCGGAAAACAAGGCAACAGGCACCGGUCACUCUCUGCACAUUUCUGCCAUUGCCAUGAAAUGAGGGCACCAUGGGCGCCAAGGAGUCACGGAUAGGGUUCCUUUCGUAUGACGAGGCCGUUAAAAGAGUUACCGAUGUGGAGCUCAAACGUCUGCGAGAUGCCUUUAAGAGGACCAGUGGCCUGUCUGUGUAUAUGACCCAGCAAUGCUUCUACAGGGAAGUACUGGGCGAUGGAGUACCUCCAAAGGUUGCAGAGGUGAUCUACAGCUCUUUUGGUGGCACAUCCAAAGGGCUGCACUUCAACUACCUGAUCGUCGGGCUGGUUCUAUUAACAAGAGGACGUGAUGAAGAGAAAGCCAAAUACAUCUUCAGCUUGUUCGCUAGUGAUUCGGGGACCUAUGUGGUCCGGGAGGAUGUGGAGAACAUGCUACGUUCAGUGGAUGGGGAGGUCCCGCCCUCACUUAGAAAGUGCUUCACCGAGGGAGAGAAGGUGAAUUACGAGAAGUUUAAGAGCUGGCUUCUGCAGAAUAAAGAUGCUUUCACGUUCUCCCGCUGGCUGCUGUCAGGUGGCGUGUGCGUCACGUUGACCGACGACAGCGACACACCCACGUUCUAUCAAACCCUUGCUGGUGUCACACACUUAGAAGAAUCAGACAUUAUAGACUUGGAAAAGCGUUAUUGGCUGCUGAAAGCCCAAUCAAGGACAGGCCGGUUUGAUUUGGAAACCUUUGUCCCUCUGGUCUCGCCCCCUAUUCACGCAUCACUUAGUGAAGGCUUGUUUCAUGCCUUUGAUGAGAAUCGGGACAAUCAUAUUGACUUUAAGGAGAUAUCUUGCGGGCUCUCAGCGUGCUGUCGGGGCCCUGUAGCGGAGAGGCAAAAGUUUUGUUUUAAAGUGUUCGAUGUAGACCGGGAUGGAGUUCUGUCCAGGGAUGAGAUCCACGAGAUGGUGGUGGCGUUGCUGGAGGUGUGGAAGGAUAACCGUACAGACACCCUGCCUGAGUUUGAUUCCAGCGUUUCAGACAUUGUAGAGGACAUACUGAAAAUGCAUGACACAACAAAACAAGGACACUUAACCCUGGAGGACUAUCAGAUAUGGAGUGUGAAAAGUGCCAUCGCCAAUGAGUUCCUCAAUUUACUGUUUCAGGUGUGUCAUAUCGUCCUGGGCCUGCGUCCUGCCACCCCUGAAGAGGAAGGCCAGAUCAUUAGGGGUUGGCUGGAGAGGGAGAGCAGACACGGGCUAAAGCCUGGUCAGAACUGGUUCCUGAUCUCCAUGCAGUGGUGGCAGCAGUGGAGAGAUUAUGUCAGAUAUGAUAAUAAGUCGAUUGUCAUGGAGCAGCCGUCAGUGCAGGGCAGUGGGAUGAGAAGUUCUCAGUCCACAGCACCUAUGGAGCCUGUCCUGAACAGAAUUGGAAUAAUGGUCCGUUCCCCCAGUUCCCCAGAGGAAAAAUUCCCUGAUAACAUCUCCAGCUCAUCAGAGGCAUCAGAGAGCACUGGUAAUAGCCUGACCCCACACGCCAGUUCCUCUGCCACAGACGUCUGCUUUGCCCGGCAGCACAACGUGUCUGACAACAACAACCAGUGUUUCUCCAGCGCCAAUGGCCAUUUACCCAACAGCAUGGCUGCGCAGAGACCUGGUGCCAUAGACAACCAGCCUCUGGUGACCACCGAGCCCAUGAAGGCGCCCACAGUGACUAUGGAGGGAGGCCGGAUGAAGAAAUCCCAACAGCUGGUGUCUGGCCGGGACUUUGAGACGGUGCCAGAGCCAGUAUGGAGGGCGCUUUACCACUGGUAUGGGGCCAACCUCAGCCUGCCCCGACCGGUCAUCAUGUCUACAGUCACAGCUCAACCAGAGCUGGAACUCUUUCCCCGCUACCUUCUGUUCCUGCGCCAGCAACCGGCCACACGCAGCCCUCAGUCUAACAUCUGGGUCAAUAUGGGUAUGAGCAGCCUGCGAAUGUUCCCUCCACAUGUACCCCGAGGAAACGUUCCUUCUCCGAACGCCCCUCUGAAGCGAGUGCUGGCAUACACAGGCUGUUUCAGCAGGAUGGGCACCAUUAAAGACAUUCAUGAGUACCUGUCCCAGAGGUUACGCAUCAAAGAAGAGGACAUGCGCCUCUGGCUCUACAACAGUGAGAAUUACCUCACUCUCCUGGAUGAUGAAGAUCACACUUUAGAAAGUUUGAAAAUUCUAGACGAACAGCACUUAGUCAUUGAGGUUCGAAACAAAGAUAUGAGCUGGCCAGAGGAAAUGUCUUUCAUUGCAAACAGCAGCAAAAUCGACAGACACAAAGUUCCUACUGAGAAAGGUGCCACAGGUUUGAGUAACCUGGGAAACACAUGCUUCAUGAACUCCAGUAUUCAGUGUGUAAGCAAUACCAAGUCCCUCACGGAGUAUUUUAUCUCAGGGCGACACCUUUAUGAGCUUAACAGAACCAAUCCAAUAGGAAUGCGUGGUCACAUGGCCAAAUGCUAUGGUGAUUUGGUACAGGAACUCUGGAGCGGCACCCAGAAGAACGUUGCACCUUUGAAACUCAGAUGGACGAUAGCAAAGUAUGCACCGAGAUUCAAUGGCUUCCAGCAGCAAGACUCCCAGGAGCUUUUGGCCUUCCUGUUGGAUGGGCUUCACGAAGACUUGAAUCGUGUGCAUGAGAAGCCGUACGUGGAGCUCAAGGACAGCGAUGGACGGCCAGAUCAUGAAGUGGCCACAGAGGCCUGGGAAAACCAUUUGCGGAGAAAUCGUUCUAUCGUGGUCGACCUCUUCCAUGGGCAGCUCAGGUCCCAGGUGAAGUGCAAGACCUGUGGCCAUAUCAGUGCCCGCUUCGAUCCCUUUAACUUCCUGUCGCUGCCGCUUCCCAUGGACAGCUCCAUGCACUUAGAAAUCACAGUUAUCAAACUUGACGGCACCACUCCAGUGCGGUACGGGCUUCGUCUCAACAUGGAUGAGAAGUACAUGGGCCUGAAGAAACAGCUGAGUGAGCUGUGCAGCCUGAAACCUGAGCAGAUUCUACUGGCUGAGGUUCACACGUCCAACAUCAAGAACUUUCCUCAAGACAACCAGAAGGUGCGACACUCUGUGAAUGGCUUUCUCUGUGCAUUUGAGAUCCCUGUGCCUGGCUCGCCCACCUCAGUCACCUCUCCAAUGAUAACAGAAAAACCACCCAUGGCCAAUGGGACAGCAGGAAACAAUAACAUUGGAAAGGCUGGCCUGAUUCCUAAUGGCAUGCCCAGCACAGUGGUCCCCUGCACCCCAGAGAAGCCUCUCGCCAAUGGUAUUCCUAAUGGCUAUGCCGUGCCUGUGCAAGACAGCCCCUUUAUUGGCUACAUUAUUGCCAUGCACAGAAAGAUGAUGCGGACAGAGCUGUACUUCCUGUCCUCUCAGAAGAACAGGCCCAGUCUGUUUGGUAUGCCACUGAUUGUGCCAUGCACAGUUCACACGAGUAAGAGGGACCUGUAUGAUGCCGUGUGGAUCCAAGUUUCCAGACUUGCUAGCCCUCUGCCCCCACAGGAAGCCAGCAACCAUGCUCAAGACUGUGAUGACAGUUUGGGCUACCAGUACCCCUUCACUCUACGGGUGGUGCAGAAAGAUGGUCAUUCCUGUGCUUGGUGUCCCUGGUACAGGUUCUGCAGAGGCUGCACAGUGGACUGUAAUGAAGACAGAGCAUCAUUGGGGAAUGCCUACAUUGCUGUAGAUUGGGACCCCACCGCCCUGCACCUUCGUUACCAGACCUCUCAGGAAAGGAUAGUGGAAGAGCAUCCCAGCGUUGAGCAGAGUCGGCGCGCUCAGGCAGAGCCCAUCAGUCUGGAUAGCUGUCUGAAAGCCUUCACCAGUGAAGAAGAGCUGGGAGAGGAUGAGCUCUAUUACUGCUCGAAGUGUAAGACCCACCGCCUGGCCACCAAGAAACUGGACCUCUGGAGGCUGCCUCCUGUACUGAUUGUUCAUUUGAAACGCUUCCAGUUUGUCAAUGGUCGCUGGAUUAAGUCUCAGAAGAUUGUGAAGUUUCCACGUGAGAGCUUUGACCCCUGUGCGUUCCUGGCCCCACGAGAGGUGGGUCAAAGCAUGGGCAGCCUGCAGAGCCUGCAGAGCGAAUCCCUGGUAGAGGAGCUCCAGAUGCUGGAGAGAGGAGACUCUUCUGUGUCCUCCAUCUCCACUACUACAGUGGCCAGUCCUCCCACUUCUGGAAGAGGCACCCCGUGCUCCAUCAGGAGGGUGGGCAGCCCACUGAGCAAAAACAGCAGCCCUGGCAGCAGCCCCAGAAAUACAGGGCGGAAACAGGGGCGCCUGCGUCUUCCCCAGCUGGGCAGUCGACAUCGACUCUGCAACAGCAAAGAAAACCUGGAUGCCUGUAGCAGCAGCAAGGAGAGCGAGGCCGAGUUGGAGCAGGGCGCAGUGAUGGAUGGGGAGAAUCAGAUGCCAUCUGAUGCAAAUGCACAAGACAUCUGGUCACUGGACGCCUCAAGCAAUGACUGUGAUGUCAUCAUGGUGAAUGGAUUGGGACAAGAGAGCAGUCAGAGUAACGGACACUCGGACGUCAGUGCAGACCUGUACACCCCUCACCAAAGAAAUGACAUCUGCCUGGAGCCCCUGUACAAUUUAUAUGCAAUCUCAUGCCAUUCAGGAAUAAUGGGAGGGGGGCACUAUGUGACCUAUGCCAAAAACCCCAAUGAAAAAUGGUACUGUUACAACGACAGCAGCUGCAAGGAAGUUCACUCGGACGAGAUUGACACAGAUUCUGCCUACAUCCUGUUCUAUGAGCAACAGGAAGUGGACUACUCACAGUUUCUGCCAAAAACAGAGGGCAAAAAGAUGGCAGACACCACUAGCAUGGACGAAGACUUUGAAUCUGACUACAAGAAGUACUGUGUGCUGCAGUGAUGCCAUGCUCUUCCACAGCAAAGACACUGGGGCUGUUAGUUUGCCAGUGCAAUGAGAAGUGAAACAGCUACGUCGCUGUCAUCAUUUGUGAAAGCACAAUAUAUCAGUUAGCCGACAGGCACAAGACCGCUGCUGACUGCGCUUUCAGAAUAGAGGUACCUGACACUUCAGAUACACGAGGGAGAGGGUGAAUGAGUGAAUUAAAUUAAAUUAAAUUCAAAUUUGUAUAGCGCUUUUCACGAUACAAAUCGUUGCAAAGCAACUUUACAGAAAAUUACGUUUCUACAAUAUUUAGUAGUAGCUUAUCACAGAGAGGUUAUGAAUCACAGAGAACUGUAGCGAUCAUGUGAUUGUUGCAACGCAAACAAAUAACUGUUAGCCAAUCCCUUGAUAUCACCAUUCCCAGACAGACAAAACUGCUCUUUCACAUGCCAGCCCACACAGGUGAAUCCAAAAAUCACGUAACAAGAGCUUAUGCUUCUAUAUUGCUUAUAUUCAGAAUGCUAAUUGACAGAACAGGAUUAGGAAAUCAACAAUGAAGAUGGCAUUGGUAUAAAUUAUAGAGGUUUCUCGAAAGCUUCAGUUGACUUAGUUUUGUCAUAGUUGAUUUUUUUUUCUUCAGUAAGUUCCAUACACUACCUCACAUCUUUUGCAGUUGGCCAACUGAUCAUAGAAAAUCAGAGUGACAGUAUUAUAUCACCCGAGGGCAGAUAAAAUGACUUCUACUUUAUAUAACAAAUUCACUUUCCAAAAAAAAGUUGCUUUUUUUUAUUUAAAAAAAAAAAAAAGUUUCUACUAAUUAAUAAAAUAUCCUCCCAAUCCUCCGCUGCCAAAUUAUGCACAUACUAUUUUUGUUGAUUUUAGUUUUAAAUCUUAUUUAAGACGGUUAUUUUCAGGCUUCGUUUCUCUUUAGAAGAGUUAAUAUAUUACUCUCCUUAUUUUCUCUUUUUAAUUUUUUUAUACAUUUAUUUUUAUCACUUUUUUUUUUUUUUUAAUGCAAUUGUUCACUUUGCCUAAACGCAUUCGCUUGCAGCUUUAGUCUCAGCUGUCUGAUCAAACCACAAAUGCUCAGCUUUUUACACGUUUUCCUGUAACCACUGUAUUUUUUUUGCUUCACAAAAUACUGUUGACCACAGAGACUAAAAAUGGCAAGCAGAUACAUAUCUUAACAAUGUGUUCUUACCAGAGAGACUCUGCAUGUCAAAGCCAAAGUGCAUGUUGACCACAGAGACUAAAAACGGCAACCAGAUACAUAUCUAAACAAUGUUUUCUUACCAGAGAGACUCUGUAUGUCCAAGCCAAAGUGUUCAACUGGUCAUGUACAUAGUUUACGGGAAGCAUUGCACACUGUUAGAUGAGAGCAUAAGAGGUUUGUUAUGUGAACAGUAUUAGCACAGAGAAAUAUUUCACAACCUUUGCUUUUAGAAAACAGCAUUCUUCUCUCUAAACUGUUGACCUAAACUUAAACUGUUCUGAAUGUCUGUGUCGGAGGGUGUUCCAGGUUAUUAGUAGCAUUUCUUAAGUGACUCUUUAUAAGAGAGCCCAUCUUAAUUACCACUGUGAAAAGAUGAAUGAAAUAUUGAACGGCUCUUAUUUUUCAGCAACUCAUCAACCGAAUGAGCUCCUCCUGUGAGAGUGCGUUAAACCCUUGGAAAACAGCGGGAAUCAUUCACAAACAUCCAUUUUGCUGCUGUACUUUUCCGAUUUCCAUGUCAUAGAUAUUCAAACGAAAUAUUUGCCAUCAAAGAAAGGUUUAUCCCUGUUGAAUAAUGAAAUGUUUGUGAAAUAAACACAGCUGUAUUACUGUAAGGCGAUUAUUAAUCAUCAUAGAGUAAUGCAAAUAUGACAUAUGAACUGUAAACAUUUUUUAGGUAUUUUAAUGUUAAAAUAAAAAUAGAUAUCCAAUAUCCAAAAUCAAAAUAUAAUUUCACUAUUCUCCAAUUAAAAUUGGCCUUUUGCGCAAGUACAGUAACAAAUGUGUCUGAAACCACAAACACACAAACGUUUUAAACAUUCACAGAUUUUCUUUUUUUUUUUUUCUUUUUUUUUUUAUACAGGGAUAAUUUAUUAAAAUGGAAAAUGAUCUCUUUUCAAGUAGUGCAAUCAACUACUGAUGUGUGUCUUUGUCCAUGUUGUUAGUCCUAAUUUUGUUAAAUUAAUUUUGAUGAACUGCUAGAGAUGUAUUAAUUUAAUGAACUUUAUUUUGUAAAAAAAUUGACAUUGCACUGACAAAUGUACAUAAAUGUUUUGUAAAUACGCCAAUGAAAAUGAUGUAUUUGAAAAUGAACUGUACAAAUAUACUUGUAGUUGUAUAUGGAGUGAUACUGUUGAUCUGUAACAGUUAUUCAAGAAACAAAUUAAAUGCAGCCAAAUGCAA